CCUGUCUAGUUCUUAUAAAGCUGAUUCAAAGCAAUGCUACAGGUACAACACAGGAAAGGACACAGAAGUGCUAGUGGGAUAUAGAAGAGCAGAGCACACAAUGAUGAGCCGAGCAAUCCUAAGGACUGGUAUAGUGGCACUGAUAUGUCUACAGCAUGUUUCAACCUUUAAGUUGGUUUGCUACUUCACCAACUGGUCUCAGUAUCGGGAGGAACCAGGGCGCUUUAUCACUGAUCACAUUGAUCCAGGCCUCUGCACCCACAUCAUUUAUGCUUUUGCCAAGAUAGAAAACAACAUGAUUGCAGCCACUGAGUGGAAUGACUUGAGCACGUAUGAGAGUAUCCACCAACUAAAAACCAGAAACCCCACGCUGAAGACUCUUCUCUCUGUUGGUGGAUAUUCACUAGGAUCUGCUCCCUUCAGACUCAUAACAAGAUCUCCUGCCACACGCUCAGAUUUUGUGAUGUCCGUGGUUCGGUUUCUUCGGGAAAACAAUUUUGAUGGCUUGGAUCUUUCUUGGCAAACCCCAGAACAGAAUGAUAAAAGACGUUUGGUGAACCUGGUUACGGAACUAUCUCUCACAUUUGAGAAUGAGGCUAAGAACAAUCCAAGCAAGGAGAAACUCAUUCUGAGUGUUACAGUACCAUCUGGAAAGGAAGCCAUUGAUAACGGCUAUGAUAUCAAGAGUAUCUCAAGUUCUGCAGAUUUCCUUAAUUUCUUGACUUAUGAUCUCCAUGGUUACUGGGAAGAUAACAGUCACGCCUACACGGGGCAUGUCAGUCCCCUUAAGAAGGGCCUAGCUGACAGUGGAACGGCAUCGUCUUAUAAUGUGGAUUAUGCAGUAAAAUACUUAAUAAGUAGGGGUGCUCAAGCUGAGAAGAUCGUCAUGGGAAUCCCCACGUAUGGGCGGACUUUCACUCUGUCUUCCCACCAGUCUGGAGUUGGGUCUGUGGCUUCUGGCCCAGGAAAUCCUGGUCCUUUCACAAAAGAAAUGGGAAUUCUGGCCUAUUAUGAGAUCUGCAGUUUCAAUUAUGGUGCCAGGAAAGAAUGGAUUGCAGAGCAAGCAGUUCCGUACUCUUACAAAGGAAACCAAUGGGUAGGAUAUGAAGACGUGCGAAGUGUUGCACUUAAGGUUCAGUAUAUGAAACAAAACAAUUUGGGAGGCAUUAUGAUUUGGACACUUGACCAAGAUGAUUUUUCAGGUUCUUUCUGCAAUGAAGGAAAAUAUCCAUUACUUGGAGCAGUUAAAAAAGAGCUGGACAAAUGAAUAACCAAUUCUGCAGAAUGAAUGAGCUUGAAUAUCAAGUGAACCUUGAAGAUGCAAGGAUGCUUUGUGCUUUUAUUCUAGGGAGGAAUGUAAAAGACCAAAUUGCCAUAUGCAAAACAUGGUAACAUGGUUUAAACUUUU